AAGAUUAUAAAAAAGAACAGAAUUUUCGGUGGCUUUGGAUGCUUCCAGUUUUAGCCAAUCGUGCCUGCCAGCUUUGCUUUGAAUGUGUACAUAAAAACUAGUAAAAAGUAUGAACACUGUUUUAUGGAGGAAAAAAAGUCACAUAUAUAAUGUAUUGGUAUAUAUAUUUUCUAGAAAAGAAUAAUAGAAAGCACUGACAGAGGCUUUUUGUUCUAAAGCUCUGAGACGAAUUUAGAGAGAGAGAGAGACUGAGGUGGGUAAGAUGAGGGAGUUGGGGGUGAUGGUAGUACCACUACUCAUCGGCAUUUUGGUACUGGGUGGUCCGAGCUUUAUCAAUGGCGAUACAGAUCCAUCUGAUGCCUCUGCUCUCAGGGUCAUGUAUGGCAGUUUGAAUUCACCACAGCAGCUAACCAAGUGGAGCUCAACUGGUGGUGAUCCCUGUGGAGAGUCCUGGAAAGGCAUUUCCUGCUCAGGAUCAAGAGUCACAGAAAUCAAAUUAUCAGCCCUUGGGCUUUCUGGGUCACUGGGGUACCAGCUCACAAGUUUGACAUCAGUAACCAACUUUGAUAUAAGCAAUAAUAAUUUUGGCAAUCAGAUAACUUAUCAGCUUCCUCCGAACUUGCAGCGACUAAAUCUUGCGGGAAAUAGCUUCAAUGGUGGCAUCCCCUAUUCCAUAUCACUGAUGGCUCCUCUUAAAUACCUAAAUGUUAGUCACAAUCAACUUCAAGGCCAACUGAAUGACAUGUUUGGACAGCUUCCCGCACUCUCCACAUUGGAUUUCUCUUUUAAUGCCGUGACGGGUAACCUUCCUGAAAGUUUCAGCUUGCUUUCAAGUAUGACCAAUAUGUACUUGCAAAACAAUCAGUUUACAGGGACUAUUGACGUCCUUGCCAAUCUUCCCCUUGAUAAUCUGAAUGUCGAGAAUAACCAUUUUAGUGGUUGGAUACCUGAUCAGUUGAAAAACAUAAACUUUCAGAAGGAUGGUAACUCAUGGGACUCGGGGCCUGCACCCCCGCCUCCACCGGGCACGCCUCCAGCCAGCAGGCCCAACCGAAAUCACAAUUCUGGUGGCAAUAACCGCCCAUCUGAUGGUGGAGGUGGUAGCAAGAAAUCAGGUGUUGGGGCUGGUGGUGUAGCAGGAAUUGUGAUAUCCCUUUUAGUGGUUGGAGCAAUUGCAGCAUUCUUUAUUAUGAGGAGAAGAUCCAGAAGGUCAUCGGCAGAUAUAGAAAAGCAAGAUAAUCAGCCUUUCACUCCUCUUGCUUCGCAUGAUAUGCAAGAAAUGAAAUCUAUACAGACUUCCUCCACGGCUGACAUAAAAACAUUUGAAACAUCGGUGUCUAUAAAUCUUAGACCGCCACCAAUUGAUCGUCACAAAUCAUUUGAUGAAGAGGAUUUCUCGGCGAAACCCAUUGUUCCCAAGAAAGUCAGCACAGCUCCUAUAAAUGUGAGAUCGUAUUCUAUAGCAGACCUGCAGAUGGCUACAGAUAGCUUUAGUGUUGAAAAUCUUAUUGGCGAGGGGUCCAUUGGACGUGUUUAUCGGGCUCAAUUUGAUGAUGGAAAGGUUCUUGCUGUGAAGAAGAUAAAUUCAUCUGCUCUUCCACAUCCUGAAGACUUUAUGGAUAUAGUUUCAGAGAUAUCCCAAUUGCACCAUCCAAAUGUAACAGAGCUGGUGGGCUAUUGUUCAGAGCAUGGACAGUACCUGCAGGUCUAUGAGUUCCACAAAAAUGGUUCACUGCAUGACUUCCUGCAUCUCUCAGACGAAUACAACAAACCACUAACCUGGAAUACCCGCGUGAAGAUUGCCUUGGGCACUGCACGUGGGUUAGAGUAUCUACAUGAAGUUUGCUCACCGUCAGUUGUUCAUAAGAACUUUAAAUCGGCCAACAUUUUGCUAGAUGGGGAGCUCAAUCCACACCUUUCAGACUGUGGGUUAGCAAGCCUCGUUCCUGAUGCAGAUCAGGCAUUGAACCAUAAUGCUGGGUCUGGGUACGGUGCACCUGAGGUUGCCAUGUCUGGUCAAUAUACCAUAAAGAGUGAUGUCUACAGUUUUGGAGUAGUCAUGUUGGAGCUUCUUACUGGACGAAAACCAUUUGAUAGCACAAGGUCAAGAUCUGAGCAAUCUUUGGUUCGAUGGGCAACACCUCAACUCCAUGACAUUGAUGCUCUAUCUAAGAUGGUUGAUCCAGCACUCAAAGGGCUUUAUCCGGUUAAAUCUCUCUCCCGGUUUGCUGACGUGAUUGCGCUGUGUGUCCAGCCGGAGCCUGAGUUCCGGCCACCUAUGUCAGAAGUGGUUCAAGCAUUGGUCCGGCUGGUGCAGCGAGCGAAUAUGAGCAAGAGAACCAUAGGAAAUGAACAAGGUGCAUCUGUGCGGGUUGACAACCCAGACACACCUUAAGGCGGCGUGGAAUGCUUGUUUUGUUUCUUUUUUUUUUGACUAUAAAAGCUCUAAACCAAACAAAAGUAAUGUAGCGUUCUGCUUUUUCAUUCUUUCCUAUUCACUGUUCGUCAUCCGCUGCUUAUUUGUUCUCACUUGGGUCUCCUUUUUUUUUUUUGGCUUUGUAUGACUGGGAGUAGAUACUGGAUUUUGUUUAUACCGAAUAACUGUGACAGCUCUAUCCAUCAUCUUCCUCUGGUAUAAAAAGUCAAC